CGCUCGCGGUCUAGGUCGCGGCGGGGGACGUGGCCUCUGCUGGGUACCUAGCGGGAGGUCGGGGGGGGGUUCUCUUGGAACCUCAGCUUCUGGGGCACGUCAGCAGAAGCAAUGCCAGGGGCUUCCACUGUGUUUUGGAUGAUAUGAUAGCAUAGCUUCAAAUUCCCUCAUCAUCUUAGUCCUCAGUGAUGUCCUGUCCACCACCAAGCUGGAAUGAUUCUGGAGAAGAGAGCAUUGACCUUUCCUUCAUCAGGCCAAAGAUGCCUCUCUUUGGGAGUACAUUCAGUCCGAAGAAGACGCCCCCUCGGAAGUCUGCGUCUCUCUCCAACCUGCAUAAUGUGAGUGUCAGCAUGGGGCUCGACCUGGUGUGCAGCGUGACUGGAGCAUCGAGCCUGGUUUCUUAUGGAAAGUGUGGUCCUCCAGAGUUGGAUCGGUCGACCCGGGAGGUGGAGCUGGGCCUUGACUAUGGAACGCCCACCAUGAACCUGGCCGGGCAGAGCCUGAAGUUUGAAAACGGCCAGUGGAUAGCAGAGACAGGGGUUAGUGGAGGUGUGGACCGGAGGGAGGCCCAGCGCCUCCGGAGGCGGAACCAGCAGCUGGAGGAAGAGAACAAUCUCUUGCGGCUGAAGGUGGACAUCCUGCUGGACAUGCUCUCUGAGACCACUGCUGAAUCCCACUUAAUGGAGAAGGAGCUGGAUGAACUGAAGAGUGUCAGCCGGCGGAGAAAAUGAAGACCCCAAAGCCACCCGUCAGGCGCACACGGGGAAACCCUUCGUCAGAAGAGGAGGAUGUGGCUGAGGGAAUUUUUAACCAAAUAGUGGAUUAGGUCCUGGGAGAGAGUAUCAUAUAAUGGGGCCAAAAGGCACUGGCCCCCUUAGGUUGGCAGUAGGAAGGUGACAACGUAGUGGAUUCCAGGCCAGUCCUGUGCUUCACAGCACAGCGAGGCCUCCUCAGGGAGGUCUGGGGUGACGGAGGCCUUUGGUGUCCUCCAGUUACUUAACACACCAAUGCCCGUGGCCCAGGCUCACGCUUAGCGGACGGAGUUCGUCGUAUCAUCCCCUCACACUGUUGUGUGUGGUGUGGCAUCAGGGUACAGAGCCUUGUUGUUAGGGGUCUCAGAUAAGGUCUCCUGGUUCUCUGCCCUUCAGGCCACUCUCUCCCUCCUUUAGAGAAUACUUGUUCCCCAAAUCCACAGCCUCCUCUGGCGUCAGCUCCUCAGCAUAAGCACCGCCCUCCCACGGCAACGCUAUAUUUUUGUGCUACUUUCCUGUCUACCCUACUUUUUUAAAUUAAAUGAUGUUCUAUAAUCUCUCUCUGGCCAAAGUGACUGAGAAGAGAAACAUCAGUUCUUGAAGAAGUAAGUAAUGGAGGCUGGGUUCUAAGCUUCCGAUGCUCCAUCCAAAGACAGGACUUUUAGGUUGUGGGGGAAGGUCACCGUUGCAGAAGAAGCGUUCCAGCCUCCUGGGCGUUGGCAGAGGCUGGUCUGGAACAGAGCAGUCUCUCUGCUCAGAUUCCCCUGCCUUCCUCUUUCGGGGUGUUGGAACUAGCCUGGACCAGGCAGGGGCCGAGUGGUUGGGAUGGGGGCCUGGUUUCCUGGAGUGGGAAUCUGUGUCUUCGAGUGAGCUGGGCUUCUCUGGCUGGGCGAGGGAGCCAGCCAAACGCAGUAAGAGGGAGUCGAGCUUCCAAAGUCAAGGGGGAAGCCACUGAGGGUGGGGACACAGAGCCCCAGGCUUUAGCCCAGGGAUGGCUGCUAAGGUCAGGACACCUGUUUCCCACCUGGACGGGGCUCAGGAUGUUGCUCACACUCUCAUUUCCUCCUCAGCUCAGCCCUGUGGAGCAAGGCCUCUCAGUCAGCGUGCCUAUUGGCAGAUAAGGAAGCAAAGCCCAGGAGGUUCAGAAACUGGUCUAGGAUCAGACAGCGGAAGUGUGGGAGCCUGCUGAUUCCCGGCCCACAUUGAAAGAGGGGAGCUGUGUGGGGGGCUGCCUCCAAUGGAGGCUGCUGUGUGUAGGCCACCCUCAGGGCCAGCUCCAUGGGGGAGGGAUAGAGAAGCAUGAUCUGUAGCCCCAGCCCAUAACCUUCCUUCCCGAUCAUAGGAGAGACUAAUUCAGAAGACAUUGGAAAAGGAUGUUAUAUGAGGGUGUAAAUCUUCAGGUGCAGAUAAUAGGCGCAAUUGAGUUUGCUCAUUCCUAGACCAGUAUCAUUAGCAACCAUUUACCCUGCACCCUGGACACCAGACAUCUGUAGACAGUCCCCCGACUUAUGACGGUUCAACUUAAAAUUUUUCAACUUUAUGGUGGUACAAAAGUGACACGCAUUUAGUAUAAACUGUACUUCGAAUUUUGGUAGUUUUCCGGGCCAGCAAAAUGCAAUACGAUGCUCGUGAUGCGAGGCAGCGGCAGUGAGCUGCAGCUCCCCAUCAGCACGCAGUCACGAGGAUGAACAAUCAACACACUUAAAACCACUCUGUUUUUCAUUUUCAUUUCAGUACAGUAUCCAAAAAAUUACAUGAGAUAUUCGACACUUUUUGUAAAAUAGGCUUUGUGUUAGAUGAUUUUGCCCGCCUGUAGGCUAAUGUAAGUGUUCUGAGCACAUGUAAGUUGGCUAAGCUACGAUGUCUGGUAGCUUAGGGGUAUUACAUGCAUUUUCGACUUAUAUUUUCAACUUAUGAUGGGUUUAUUGGGACAUAAACCAAAGAAGGGCUAUAUUUCUAAUUCUCAUGAGAAUUUUUCAAGUUUGUUAUCGUCAUCCCCUGCUUUUAGAUGAAGAAACAAGCCCAGCAAGGUGAUACAGCUGGGAGGGAAGGGGCCAGGACUGAAACCUUUGGAGUCAGGAGGGGCACGUUUGGUUGUCAUAGUGACAUGGGUCCUGGUCCCCUCUGUACCACCACUGGCACCUGAGGGGGCUGCAGCCAUGUGGGACAGCUCUGCAGUGAAGGAGGACUUGUAUUUGGGGUGAUGAGGGAAGCAAGCCGUUGGUGAGUUUCAGCAGAGGAAUGCUAUGAUUGACUUAACAAAAAAGAUCCCUCUGGCUUCUGUGUGGUCAGAACAGACUGAAGAGCUCAAGGCUGGGACCAGGGAAGUGGCAGCAGAGGAGGUGAAGUGGUCAAAUUCUAGGCAGGAAUUGAAGGUGGAGCCCACCAUCAAAUUGUAAGUUUGCUGAUGGAUGUGGUGUGUGAUCUGAGUCAAGGAUAAUCCUAUUAAUGAAAAUGUGUAAGAAAUAGGAAAAAGAAUCAGCUAUAUGUCACCACCCUAACCUUUGUUGGUUUAUUCCCCCCCCCCCACUGAAAUGCUACGUACUUUCAGGAAUUCCUUGGCGGUCCAGUGGUUAGGACUGCGCUUUCACUGCUGAGGACCCAGGUUCAAUCCCUGGUCAGGGAGCUAAGAUCCUGAAAGCUGGGCGGUGUGGCCAAAAAAAAGAAAAAAAAAUGCUACAUACUUUAAAGAUUUACCUUUUUGUCCGAUACAUCUAUUAGGUUCUGCCUAAAAUACUUCCUCCUCAAAGCCUUUAUUGACCAAAUCUACUACUUCUGGGGGCACCCAAGUAAAUAGUGCUGUCUACUUGACAUCAUCAUUUGUAAUCACUACAAUGGUUUUGUAAAUUUCUGAGCUGAGUGUCAGAUAAGGGAAGAACUGUUACUGAAGAGCUGAGAUUGAAAGUUCUGCGGGUGUGAGUGCAAAAAAAAUCAGAGGAAAUCUUAAGAGUUUGAGGCUUAACAAGGGGAUCCGUAUGCACAGUUGUACAGAUACGGGCUAAUGUGUAUGUUCUAUUGGGGAGGAGUACUUACAGCUUUUGUAAAAUUCUCAAAGGGAUCUACGCCCCACACCGAACCAAACUGAAUUAGGAACUACUAUAUUACCAGUUUCCCAUUCUGACAAGACAGGAACAGGAAAGGUGGAAACCAUGGACUUGAGGGAUAGGGAAUGAGAGGAGCUGGGCGGGGGUGUUUCUAGAACACCUCGUCCUCAUCCAGAUGGCAGAGUCAGCUUUGUGCCCAGCGUGAGACAUUAGCACUUACUUGAUGACACCCUUACUUGUGCCUCGAUUGAGGCCCCUGGGCUGGCAUCAGUCUUACCACAUGUCUUCUUUGCUGCUACUGAGCAUUUCCCCUUGAAACCUUCAGUGAAGGUUUCCCUUCUUCAUCUCCAGCAGCUCCUCCUCGAAUCUCUUGGAUUUGGGGAAAGAAGGUGCCCCUCCCCGCCCCUUGGGGGGUUUUUUGGGGGAUAGUUGUUCUGUUUUUCUUGUUCUCUUAUUUUUUUUUUUUGCUUUUAAUUAAAUUGUUUUAUGUGGCAAAACGCAUAACAUAAAAUCUACCAUCUUAACUAUUUUAAAGCAUACAGUUAAGUAAUGUUAGUACAUUCAUUCUGUUGUACAGCUAUCACCACCAUCCAUCUCCAUAACUGCUCAUCUUGUAAAACUGAAGCUGUUGUAUACCCAUCGGAAACGAACUCCCCAUCUCCUCCUCCCUGCCAGCCCCUGGCAACCACCAUUCUACUUUCUAUGAUUUUGACUAAGUACCCCCUGACCUGUCUGAUUCCACAGGGCUCUGUCUUUCUCACUUGGCCAAUUUCUGGAUCAUCACAUCUAUUCCUAAGGUUUGAAUACUCUGCAUGGCAUGAUUCCCAAUAUUUUUUCUUAUCCUUGGACAAUUUUAUAAACAUUGAAAGAGCUCUUUCAGCCUUAAACAUGGAUUUUUAGAAAAAUCAUGUACUGUUUGUGAAUAUAAACAAAAUUAAUUGGUCAAAGUUUUCCAAAAACUUCUUCAUAUUAGCAUUUGUGACUUUCCACUUGGCGUUGUCGAUGGAAAAAAAAAAAAGAUUAAUCAGUCAAUCUAAGAAAGAAAUGGAGGCUUUUAUUUGAGCCAAAUUGAGGAUUAUAACCUGGAGAAAGCCUCUCAGAAAGCUCUGAGAAUUUUUCCAUCUGUUAGAGGUCAAAGCACAGUUAUAUAAGUUUUUGAGACAGAGUGCUAUAUGUUAAAUGACGUAUUAUUGACAGUUUACACAAUCCAGAUCUAUGUGUACACAGGGAGUAGUGGGUCAUGGGUCAUCAUGGCCUUCUACAAGAAGGAAGGUUAUCUCCUAAGGAGAUCUGGUUAAUGCAGAUGCACAAUACACACUAAAGGGGAGGGAGGAGGCCCAAACAGGCAAAGAAAGAUUUUAUGUUUAAAUUUUUCUUGUCUUGCCAUAAAAUAUGAAUUUUAUUUCAUCAGAGUCAAUGAUGUCUGUAGUUUCCACAUAAGACUGCCUUCUCUACCCUUCAAGAGUGUUGGUCUAGGGGCUUCCCUGGUGGUGCAGUGGUUGAGAAUCUGCCUGCUAAUGCAGGG